GGAUUUGUUAUAAAACUACUUGUCGUCAAUGCAAGCAUACAUCUAUCACCCUCAGACCAAUGAAAUGACCUGGGCUGCUGAACAGGUUAAGCCUAAGCCCGGCAAGUCGCAAGUUCAAGUGAAGGUCAUUGCGGCUAGCAUCAACCCUGUGGACUAUAAGUUGCCUCACGUCCCCUUCGUAUCACGUCAAAUCAAAGGGCGUCCUGUUGGCAUAGACUUUGCUGGGAGGGUGACGAUCGGCUCUGGUCAGUUCAAGGAGGGUGACGUGGUCUUCGGCAAGGCUGUUGGAGGCUCUCUGGCUGAGUAUUCGAUCGCUAAUACUGCCGAGAUAGCCCAUGUGCCCCAAGGGGUUGAUCCCAAGGUCGCUGCAUCUCUACCUGUUGCUAGUCUGGUCAGCUUACAGGCCCUUAGACGGGGUGGUGUUACUGAGGCCGGCAAGAAUGUGUUGGUCAUUGGUGCCAGUGGUGGGACCGGCUCGAGUGGUGUACAGAUUGCCAAGGCACUCGGUGCUAAGGUUUAUGCUGUCUGUAGUGGUAAGAAUGUUGACUUUGUGAAGUCUCUGGGAGCUGAUGUCGUUAUGGACUACACCAAGGAAGGCUUUGAACUCCCCAAUGAUGACUGUCCUGCGGGCACCAUCGAUGUUGUCUAUGAUACCGUCACGAGCCCGGAGGAUGUUAACUAUGAACCAACCGCUCGGAAGACUCUCAAGAAGGGAAGUAUGUAUAUGGCUAUCAACUCCCCCAGCCGUAUUGAUUGGUUGAGGUUCAUCCUGUCGAAGAGUCUUCCCUUCAAUGUUCAGAGGUCGGGCUAUUCCAUGUGCCUCUCGGACUUCAACACCAAGGAUUUGGAUUACCUUGCUAAAUUGGUCGCUGAGAAAAAGCUCGUGAUUCAGUUUGCGGAGGUUCUGGACUUCAGCGAGGAGAACUGCAAGAAGGCCUAUGAGUUGCAGAAGAGUCGGAGGGCUAAGGGGAAGAUCAUCCUCGAGAUGGAACAUUGAAAGUGUCUUACACUAAAGCGUUAUUUGCCUCUACAGUCGUGAUGGUCAGUCGACUGGUCACUUCUGUCAUUCUCUUCUUUUCAUUACAA